UUGCAUUUUGUUAGAAGAAGAGGCUGUUCUUCAUACGUUUCAUCCCCCAGUAUCCAAAAGACUAAAAACAGAAGAGAAAUUUUACGCCUCCAUCGCUACCCUCAGACAAACUGAAAACAAAACCCUAAUUUCUUUUCUUUUUUUAUUUUUGGCCAUUCAAAAAAAAAAAAGAAAAGAAAAUCAAAAUAAAACCGGCAUUUUUAUUUUUUUCCAUUGAGCAAUCCAUCUUCCUCUUUUUCUCCGUGGCUUCACUUUCGUUUUUUUUCCCUUCGUUUCCACUGAAACUUUCUCUCUCGUUCACUUCCCUAUAAUUAUUCCUCUUAAAUUUUUCCCGGAAAGAGAAACGCAUUGUUUGGAUUAGGGGACGGUUAUUUAAAAGGAUAAAACGGUUACGUCUUUGAGGCAAUAGCCAGGAAUCGUAGCGGGGUUAGGGUUAGUAGUCUCCCCCUUUUCUUUCUUCUGCCCUCUUGUCAUUUGUCUAGAAUUUCCCCCAAAUUUUCUUCUUGCCCCUUUGGGUUCGAGCCCUAGCAGUUGGGAACUUAUAAUUGAUGUUUAAUCUAGGGUUUCUAAGUUUACUCCCAAUUUGUUGUUAUUUAGGGUUAUUUUCCCUAAUUAAACUGGUUUAUGGGCGUUAACUGUCAUUUGGGAAUAGUUCUUUUUGCCUUUGUUGCUGAUUUGAAAAGAGGGUUGGAUCUUUUCCUCUUUUAUUGGGAAAUAUGAGGGUCAUUUGAGACUGGAAUAUCUGCAAUCUGCAAAUCCAUCUUUUAAUCAAAGAUGGAAGAGUAGGGAGAGAGUUAAUUAACAUAUAAUCUCGUUAUUGCCAUUGCCUUUGUUUUCGUUGAUAUGGCGUCACACUUUUAAAAAUAUGUUUCUCUUCUAAAAACAAUUCCUUCUUUGCCAUUUUGUUGAAUGACCCGUUGAAUCCAUAAAAUUACUGGCAACCCGGUUUUGGUGGUUUAGAAGGGGAAGAAAGACUAUGGAUAGGGUUAGGAAUUAGGAAUUUAGGAAUUUUGUGUAGGAAGGACAUUAAUUUGGUGGUUUAGGGUUUGAAUAAGGUUGAAGAAGUGGUUCAUUUCUUUUUAGUUUUCUGAUGAUCAUGUUCAGUAUCCCUUAUGGAAAGAAGUGAACCAGCGUUAGCUCCAGAAUGGUUGAGAAGUACUGGCAGUGUUACUGGGGGUGGCAAUUCAGCCCACCACUUUGCUUCCUCUUCUUCUCACUCAGAUGUUUCUUCAGUGGCGCAUCAUGGGAGGUAUAGAAACUCUAGGAAUUUAAUUGAUUUUGAUUCCCCUCAUUCGGCAUUUUUGGAUCGGGCAUCUUCGUUGAAUUCACGGAGGAGUUCUAGUAAUGGUUCUGCAAAGCAUGCUUACAGUAGCUUUAGUAGGAAUCACCGUGAUAAAGAUCGAGAUAGGGAUAAAGAGAGGUCGAGCUUUGGGGACCAUUGGGAUCGUGAUUCUUCUGACCCUUUAGAAAGUAUCUUAACCAGUAGGGUUGAGAAAUUAGGAGGUAUCUCAAUCAGUAGGGUCGAGAAAGAGACAUUGCAGCGUUCUUAUUCUAUGGUCUCUAGGAAACAGGGUGAGCCUUUGUCUCGAAGGAUUGCAGUGGACUCAAGAGACAGUGGUAAUAGUAACCAUAACAAUGGUAAUGGUCUGCUUUCUGGGGGUACUAUUGGGAGUAGCAUCCACAAGGCUGUGUUUGAGAAAGAUUUUCCCUCUCUUGGAAAUGAAGAGAAGCAGGCGGUGCCUGAGAUAGCUAGAGUGUCAUCCCCUGGUUUGAGCUCAGCUUCUCAGAGUUUGCCUGUUGGUAAUUCAGCUUUGAUUGGUGGAGAAGGAUGGACCUCAGCUCUGGCAGAAGUCCCCAGUGUGGUUGGAAGUAGUAGCACAGGUUCCUUGCCUGCCCCCGUAACUGUUUCCACCUCAGUUUCUGGUGCUCCUAGUGUUACAGCUGGUCUUAAUAUGGCUGAAGCGCUAGUUCAAGCUCCGUCACGAAUCCGUACUGCCCCCCAGUUAUCUGUCAAGACUCAAAGACGUGAGGAACUAGCUAUUAAGCAAUCAAGGCAACUAAUACCAGUGACACCUUCGAUGCCUAAGGGUUCGGUUCUCAAUUCAUCUGAUAAAUCAAAAGCUAAACCAGCAGUCAGAACAUGUGAGGCGAAUAUAGCUGUCAAGAGUGGGCAGCAACAAUCCCCGCAUGGUGGACAUGCCAAGUCUGAUAUGCCAAAGACAUCUGGGAAGCUUUUGGUUCUCAAACCAGGAUGGGAAAAUGGGGUGUCAUCCCCUACUCAAAAGGAUGUUGCUAGUCCAACAACCAAUGGGAACAGCAGAGCUGUGACUAACCAACAUGCUGUUGCUGCUAUCACAUCUUCUCCUGCAAGAAACUCAAACAACUCCAAGCUUUCUGCUGGGGAACGCAAGCCAGCUGCCUUGAAUCCAAUAGCCGGGUUCACUGUCGAAAAGAGACCAUCUUUGGCUCAAACCCAGAGCCGAAAUGAUUUUUUUAAUCUCCUGAAGAAGAAGACCUCAACAAACACUUCUGCUGGUCUCUCAGAUUCAGAUCCGCAUAAUUCAUCUUGCACCACAGAGAAAUCUGAAGUAACAAAGGAAGUAGUCUGUGCUUCUGCGACUGCUCAUGCUAAUGAGAAUGGUACUGCAUCAAAUAGCAAUGGUGACGCCUGUCAAGAGGCUCAAAGAUUUUCUGAUGAUGGAGAAAAGAAUAUGAGCUCCACUGCAAUGGUUUAUCCAGAUGAGGAAGAAGCUGCAUUCCUUCGUUCUCUUGGCUGGGAAGAAAACUCUGGUGAGGAUGAAGGCCUUACAGAAGAGGAGAUCAAUGCUUUUUAUCAGGAGUACAUGAAACUGAGGCCGUCUCUGAAACUGUGCCGCGGCAUGCAGCCAAAGCUGGCUGAAUCUUUAGCAACUAAUUUGGGUGGAGCUUCUUCAGAAUUGAGCUCGUCUGACUCUGGAUCUGAAGCUUGACUUUCUCUGUCCUUGCAUAGUAAAUUGAAAGAAGUUCCAAUUUUUGAUGGCAGAUGCUUAGCUUUUUUCUUUCUUUUUUUUUCCCCCUUACUUUUUUGAUGUCUUCUGUUUGAAAGAAAGGUGAUGAGUUGGGUAUUGGAAGGGGGUAGGUUUUGGUAUGAUGGUGCAUUUUGCAAAUAGUGCAAUAAGUCCUGCCCUGCCCUGCCCGCCUAUAACAGAGAAUUCUUUAGGUUUCUAAGGCUGAAGGUUGGUUGGGGAAAGAUUGAUGGGGCCUAUUUUGUCUGGCAGUGGGAAGAUGCUGGAAAGUUGCAUCUUUUAGGGAUAUUCCGUCCUUUUUCUUCCUUUCCUUUCCUUUCCUUUCCUUUCCUUUCAAGAGGGUGGUUCAAUUUUACAAGAAAUAGCUUUUAUUGGUGUUUUUGGUCAAUUUUACGGAAAAAAGGAAAUCAAAAAGUUCCCAUUUUUAGUUUUAGUUCAA